CUAUUAAUAAAACUAACAGUGGUUUCGUGGCGCAGCUCAGUGUGCAAUAAGACUUCAAACAAUCAACAUGCUUGCAUACACUAAGAGUGCAGUUUUGCUAUUGUGCACCGUGUGGUUUUGUGUAAAUGCUAGUCCAACCUCCAUUGACGAAAAGUACCCGGUUACGCGAGGUGGAUGCGAUCCGCAGAAUGGGACUUCUAAGCGGUACUACGUGUACAACAACCGUGGCGUAACGUUUUUCGAGGCCUGGAGACUGUGCCAAAGCGUUGGCCUUAGAUUGGCGACGAUCACCAGUCCGGACGACAGCCGUUUGAUCGCGGAGGCCACCCAAGCUUCGAGCAACCCCAAAGGACCUUGGUGGGUCAGUGGCACCGAUCACGGUAACAAGGGAAUUUUCGUGUGGAUUUCCACCAACCAACCAGUCGGCUACGGAAACGGAUACUUUGAUUUCGACGUCGGUCAGCCGGAUAAUGCCGGCGGGAUCGAAGAUUGCAUGGAAAUUGCGCGCGGAGAAGGAGUUCGUUGGAAUGAUAUACGCUGUGAAUUGAAGCAGCGAUACAUUUGUGAGAAUGUAUUAUAAAAAACAAUAAGAUAUCGUGGGAGAGCUAAUAAGCUAUCGUUGUAAAGCUCAAAUUUAUUAAAAAACGGCAAUUUUGGUAAUGCAAUUCUUUAACAUAACGAAUAGGACGAAAGCGUCGCAAUUGAACAUACUCCAAUUUAAAUUUUUGAAAAUAAACAGAAUCUUACCAUCGC